AAAUGUGAAGCUUUCUUUUUUUUUUUUUUUUCCAUAGACACAGCCACAGUCUAAAAGAGCGAGGAUUGCCUAAGAUAGAUUCUUCUAGAGACAAACCUGUAGCCGGUGCAAUCAAAAUCAAUCAUACCGGGGAGGGAGAUGCACGGAAAGAUGUUGGUCUCACUGAGGGGGUUGAGAUAUAUGCCAUGUUUGACCCAGUUCUGAAGAAGUGUUGCAGAGAGGUCCGACUUUGCCACUGAGGUUAUUUUACCACCUCACCGAAGAGAUAGAAUGGGAAGCCUUAAGGACGAGAAGCGAGCUCUCAGGGACGACCGCCAGGCUGGCGAGAAGACAGCUAAUGAGGGACUUUCUGUAGGCUCAGACAGCAGCGGUGCCGCUGAGGGAUGUCCCCUAUACACAUGUCAAGAGUCAACAACUUUAGAGGACUGUCAGACAACACUCCACACGGACGCCAGCUCUGCUGAGAACCGAGAGAAAGCUCUGACGUCCACAGAUCCAGAGCUUUCGGGAGUCGAUUUUGAGAGCACUGACCCAUCGGUCUCUGAGCCAAUUAAGGACUGUGCCCACCCUGAUGCCAUGUCUGCGAUUCUGCAAUCUGUAGCUACACAAAACAAAGCCACCGUCUCUACUAACGUCACAGGUAAUGGCGCUGCUGAGGGUGAAAACAUGGCUCUUGACAAAGGGAAAGGAAAAAAUAUUGAGAACAUCCUGGUUCCUGUGCCAAAGACCCCUGGCCCCUCUGACCCGCGCUCUCCUGCCCCUUUUGGGCAGCAACACAUGCGCACGCAGGUGAGCCUAGAGGUGGUCCAGUGCUGCUCAGCUGCCACCAGCCCCAUGACCCCGCCCGAGGGAGACCAUUCCUUCUUCUUCCCGAGCAAUUUUGGGAAACACGGAGCGUCUGCUGUUGCGUCUGCUGCCGGCACUAAGGAUGCAGAGCUCCAGGUGGGUCAGCAAGUGGAGUACUGCUGUGUUGCCACAUCGCCCAUGACCCCGAAGACGCCGUCGAGCACGGCUUUCCCAGUGCUCGUUGGAAAAGGGACGCCGCAAAGGGAGGACAAAAUAAAAAAUAAGGAGGAACAAAGGGAGAGUGGUCAAAAAAAGAGCUGCACCACAAAAACGUGUACAGAAGAGUCACAAAAGGAGCGAUCUACAAAAUGUGCCUCGUCCAAGGAGAUAAUUGACGGGAUGGGUUCAAAUGAAUCUGCGGGGAGUUCCACCAGUGGUCUGGCGGUUGCUGUAACACAUUCCCAGGUGACCUUUGAGGACAGUGCUCAGCAAUGCAAGCAGCAGAGGAUGGGGAGCAUGGAUCAAGACAUUACAAUCUUGGUGACCCACCAUGGCAACAACGAGGAGGAAGGGGACGAGGAAGCUGAGUCACAUUUUCAGACCCUAGAAACUGGAAUGGUGAAAAUAGAAGAAUCUGACAAAGAAAACGUCAGCAAUAUAAAGUCUGAGGAAAGAAAGGAAAUGGCCUCCACAGUAGCCCCUGAUCAUGCUCAGGAAAACUCAAGCCCAAAGCAGCCACAAAAGCUACCCAAGAAACCAAAGGUUUGCCCGGAGGCUGAUCAUUCAGAGGUCAUGCCACAAAAAGGUGCACGAGUGGAGCUGAAAGAUGUUUCUGUACCUAAAUCUCCUGUCCCUGAAUCUCCGGCGCCUUUCGGCUGCCACAGCAUCCGAACACAAGUGAGCUUGGAGGUGGUGCAGUGCCAGUCUGUGGCCACCAGCCCCAUGACCCCUCCCGAAGGGGACCAGGCCUUCUACUUCCCCAGCUCCCUUGGGAAAUGUGGACAAGUGGGUACCGAGACAAAGGACGCUGAGCUGCAGGUGGGUCAGCAGGUAGAAUUUCGCUCCGUUGCUACAGCGCCCAUGACUCCGAGAACUCCAGUCGCCACCACUUUUCCUGAGAUCAAGAAGGAGACGAGUAUUGAAGAGAAGAUACCAGAGGAGAAGGAGGAGGAAAUCAGAGAACAGGUGAUCGAGAACAAGAAAGAGGUACUCAAAGAGGAGGAGAAAUUAAUCAAGAAAGAAAGUGUGGAGGAGAGAAAGGAAGUAAUAAACUCCAAGGAAAAAGAAGAGGAGAAGUGCGAGGAACCACUGCAGGAGGUAAGCUGGGACGAGAAAGGGAUGACCUGGGAUGUCUACGGGGCAGUGGUGGAAGUCGCCGUGCUGGGCACUGCCAUCCAGAAACACCUUGAAAAACAGGUUCAGAAGCAGAAGCAGCUGUCCUCCAUGCCUCCCCCACCUCCGCUCAACCCAUCGGCCUCACCCCUCCCUUCAGAGGCGGGGUGUGGAGGUUCGAGCAAGCGUCGGGCGCGCAAGAAGGGGGAACACGACGGGAAAGCGAGCCGGCGCAGGAGAAACCCCUUCCGGCUGUUGAUGGAGAACGUACAGCAGCCGCACUGCUGCUCCAAAACUCAAUCUGCCGAAUGACAGAAUGACACUCGGAUCGCAACAGCUGGCCGGAGAAAAAGAGCCGCGCUGAAAUGAAAUCCCAUCUGACCUGCGUGGCUGUGAUACUCUGAUUUACAGCAGCGUGUGCUUGGUGUUGGACAGGGUGAAGUACAAAUCACACGCUCACACGAGACAAGCGAGCUUAAAAGCAUUAACAGACAUUGAGCCACUGAGCAUUAAAAGGCAGCCAUACUAUUUCACUUUGUCAUUCUUUUACUAGAAAAAGUUUCUGUGACGUCACUUUCAACAGAUUUUCACCCUUAAUAGAGUUACCAGUGGGAUACAUCAGUGUCAUUGUUAGUUUUGCGCUUUUGCUUUAUUUAUUUUUUUCCUCCUCUGUCCAUUCAGUCAUCCAGUGAGUCAUUACAGCUAUUGAUAUUUUUUAUUGCACCUCAGGCAAGUGACGCCAUGGCAACAAGCUUUCCCUUCCUCGUGGCUCACGGUACUGAAGGUGAAUGAGAUGAGGACAGUUUUUAUCUGGUUUGUAUCUGUCAGGUCAGUGCAGAGGUGAUUUUUAUGACAUAUAUGAUCAUUUAAACUUAUAUAAGUAAUCUUGAUGUGUGUGUGUGUGUGUGUGUGUAAAAUUUACCAGGCUUUUGUGCAGCUUAUAUUAUAGUUUCAUCUACAAGGUUUGUGUUUUUAGAGUAUGUUUAGCCAUGAACUCAUUACCGUAUUCAAAUGCAAUGAAAAGUGUUUCGGCUGUAAAAUUCGCUAUGAAAAUGGAUUUCAAGUGUGGUUUAUUCCAGAAAUCAGUGCAGUGCUAGUGUUUUUAGAUUAAAAUUCACCAUGAGCCCCCAUAUGAGCAAACCACUUUUAUUAACAGAUUGCACAUGUAAUACAUUCAUUAGGUUGUCAGCGAGCACUAAAAUAAACUUUUUCAUCA